GUCAAGAGAGAAGGCAGUGGGACAGAGUCUCCAAUGAUAGGCGAUAAAGUGACUGUCCAUUACACAGGAUGGCUUCUUGACGGCACAAAAUUUGACUCCAGUCUGGACAGGAGAGACAAAUUUUCGUUUGACUUGGGGAAAGGUGAGGUGAUCAAAGCAUGGGACAUUGCUGUGGCGACUAUGAAGAUUGGUGAAAUCUGUCGGAUUACAUGUAAACCAGAAUAUGCCUAUGGCUCAGCUGGGAGCCCCCCAAAGAUUCCUCCCAACGCUACACUGAUUUUUGAGAUAGAACUGUUUGAGUUCAAGGGGGAGGAUCUCACGGAUGAGGAAGAUGGUGGCAUCAUUCGAAGAAUCCGUAAAAAAGGGGAGGGCUACUCCAAGCCCAAUGAGGAUGCACUUGUAGAGAUCCAGUUUGAAGGCCGAUAUGGAGAUCGUGUUUUUGACAAGCGGGAAUUACGGUUUGAGAUUGGAGAAGGUGAAAACUAUGAUCUUCCUCAUGGUCUGGAGAAAGCAAUUCAAAAAAUGGAGAAGUCAGAGGAAUCCGUGUUCUAUCUCAAGCCCAGCUAUGGUUUUGGAAGUGCUGGGAACGAGAAAUUUCAGAUCCCUCCAGAUGCAGAGCUGCAGUAUGAAGUCAAGCUCAAAAGCUUUGAAAAGGCUAAGGAGUCUUGGGAAAUGAACACGGAUGAGAAGUUAGAACAAAGCUGCAUUGUGAAGGAGAGAGGCACUCAGUACUUCAAGGAGGGGAAAUACAAACGGGCAGCAUUACAAUAUAAGAAGAUUGUGUCAUGGCUGGAGCAUGAAUCAGGACUCUCUGAUGAGGAGGAAUCAAAAGCCAAAAGCUUGAGGCUUGCUGCCCACCUUAAUCUAGCUAUGUGCCAUCUCAAGCUAAAGGAAUACUCCCAGGCUUUGGAGAACUGCAACAAGGCACUCGAAUUGGAUAGCAACAAUGAAAAAGGCCUCUUCCGGCGUGGAGAAGCGCACUUGGCUGUCAAUGACUUUGAAUUGGCACGAGGAGAUUUCCAGAAAGUGAUACAACUUUAUCCAAGUAACAAGGCUGCCAAAGUGCAACUGGUGACUUGUCAGCAAAAAAUACGGGAGCAGCAUGAGAAGGAGAAAAAGAUGUAUGCCAACAUGUUCCAAAGGCUUGCAGACAAAGACUUAAAGUCAGCUGCUACUCUUCAGACCAGCCACACCAGAGAUGCAGAGAUGAAAGAUGAGCAGAAUGGAGUUGAAGAUAAAUCAGAAGUUGAAGCAGAAGCAUAAAAACAACCCCCGUUCCAUUAGUUUUGUAAAUGAAAGAAUUUCCAGUGAAUUAGACCUUUAUUUUUCUACCUGGUUGGAUAGUGGCUUCAAGGGAGCAGAGGCUGAAGCCACCAUGCCACAGUCAGUUACAGCUUUAUGUGGCUGUUCAAGAAGCUGAGUGGCAGCAUAAAUCUGGUUUAAUCCUAGUGACUUUAUUUAUUCAUUCAGCCUCUGUUACUAUUUGGGUUCUGCCUGGAUUUGCUUUGCUUGGUUUAUUUGCAUUUU